AUUGUACGCUCGGAAAGAUUUUAAAGUAGACACACUUUAAUAUCAAAACCAUGACGUCCAUGGAAGAUCCUUUGCUCAUCCACGUGCAGAGUUCCUUUCCCAGCACGACUGCCUCACCUUCCCCGCCGCACAAACAUCCACUCCAGAACCACCAGACCGCGACGGUGGCCCAGCACAAUGUCAUCAUCAACAAGAUAUCAAAUGUAAAAAUGUCUGGGUCUGGAAGAAUGCAACUUGUGAUGCUGCGUUUGGAUUCCAAAAAAAUCUGCAUUGCAUGAGUACCAAAGGAACUGCAAUUUUUGCUACACUGAGAAGGCAUUUGUCAUGCGGAUUACGCAUCAAGAAGCCCUCAAAAAAAUUGUAUUGCUAGGGUAUGCAUCACAGACAUCAUGGCUCAUGCAAAACGUGCAUGACAAGUGUCAGAAUCUUCCAGACCCAGACAUUUUUACAGUUGAUACAAGAUUGACUGGCAGGGAAAAAACUUGUUCCACAAGUCAAACUAGGCAUCGCAAAAGAAGUUAAAGUAUCGUGCUAGUAGUAACCAGCAUGAUCAUAUAAAUUUGCUCAGCAUGUAGACAGGUGCAAUUUGUCGUGCUAAAUUACGACCAAAGGAGCCAGAUUUGUCAUGCGAAGUUGCAAUUAGAAUUACUACGCGAUACUUUUAGGGUUGAUACAAGCAACAUCAGCAACACGGGGAUUUCUGGGUUUCACCCGCCGAAGAAACUGAAGGGGGACGAAUUGCUGCUGCGGAAUCUAUAUCCUGUGCAAAGGUAUUGUACUCGUAGUAAUUGCGUUUAUGCAUGACAAAUCUCUUUACUCUCAAGAUAAAUCAGCAUUACAAAUUUGAUUUGUAAUGCUGGGCUAAUGCAAUUUGUACUAGUACGAUGGGAUGCUUUUGCAUUGCAUAGUCUAGGUUUCUUAGAGCACGUCUCGGCCCAGUUCCUACAUUUCCUGGCAAAACGGUUUGUCACCGUGAAAGACGUGAAACCGGGAUCAGUCAUCUACUUCGAGGGCGAAGAAACCGGGCCGCAUGCGGGAAAUAGUACUUCAGGAGCUUGUUCAACAUCAUUUUCUGCCACGACGGGGGCAGCGCCGGAAAAUGUUGUAUCAAGUGCUGCUACCACCACGGCAAGCAGAGCCAGCGAGCCGUGUCUGUACCUCCUGAAAUCCGGCAUCAUUCGUCUCAUUUCCACCUACGAAGAGCAAGAGAUCGAGGUGACGAAGGAUGCUUUUUUCGGCGAGUUUGGCUUUCUCGGGUUAUUGGAAAAAAGAGUCAACACCGCCGUGGUGAUCGGGGAGAAGCCCGCGAGUCUGAAGUGCUUAAACCGCGACGCGUUUUUCAACUGCUUACUCCAUUUCCCGCGAGAUCUGGAAAAAAUUGCGCUGACCGUGCAAGGGAUUGUCAGUGGCGUGAAGCCGGUUAUCUUAUCGCGAGAAAAAGAUGUCUCAGUUUCAACGUGUAUUGCGCAACUUCCUUGAGAUAGUUUUUUGUCAUGCUCGGCAUGCAAGAAGAAGAAUCAAUAGAAAGUCGUCCUUCCUCCUGUGUGUUUUCCCUCGAUGUUGUGUCUAACGCAUCACAGGUUCUUUAUUUCCGUGUCAUGCUGAGACGAGAAUUCCAAUUUGCAUUCAUUGCUGAGUCAUCUCCAAGAGAUUUUUGUAUGAGAUUGAGACAGUUUUUUCAUGCGAUACACUUCGAACCAGAAUUAUGAUCAUCACGGGACGAGCACGUCAUUACUGGAUCAGAGAAAUGGUGGCAAUGGUGUGAUCGUGGGAAAUCAUGGCACGCAAAGCGGGCCCGGGGCCGCGAAUAGCAAGAGCAGUGGUAACCAAAUAAUCCUGAAACCCCCCUCCCCCCGAUCCUACACGACGAGUCGAGAUCCGUCCCAGCGGUUGAGCCCGAGCAGCUAUGACAGCACUUUUUCUCAAUUGCACCAGCAGUUCGGAGGUGGAAAUUUGAAUGGUAAAGAUGCAGCGUCGGCGACUUCACCAGGUCCUUUAUUCGGCUUUUCAUCGUCGUCUACAACUUCCGCGACCAGCUCAAAAGAUUUGGUUUCCACCUACCACGAGCAGUUGCGCCAGCAAUUGCACAACGGGCAAAACAAUGGAAUGAAUCAGAACUUUUCAUCCUCCCAAGCAGGAGCAUCGGGAGGACCAGCUCUUGGUGGUCAGAAUAAGAGUAGAAAAAAGCCGCAUAAUACGCACAUCAAGGCGGGAAUAAAUCAUGGAUAUGGGA